AUGCCCUGGGCAUCCAGCGGGCCCGCCCUGUCCGUCUUGGUGCUCCUGGGAAUCCUGGCGGCCGUCAUGUCGCUCCUCUCGUCGCAGCUCCUCUUCCAGCUCCAGGCGGGCCGCGCGGAACUGUGGGGCCGGUCUCUGGGCAUGGAGGGGGCGGCCGAAGGGGCCACUGGGGUCCUGCUGCCCUUGGCCUCGGCGCUGAGUGCCCUCUGCCUGGUGCUUAACCUCUGCGCCCUCUUCUUCUGCCUCCUGCUGUGCCAUCUCAGCGCUGAGCUGGCACGGACCAGCCCAGACAGGGCUGACUGGUUCCUGUUGGACAGCCGCUGUCUCCGGCAUGUCUCCAUCGGCUUCUUCUGCUGUGGGGUCUCAGUGUACUUAGCAGCUCUGUCUAUCUAUGUGCUGCUGUUGUUCGAAAUGGAAACGGGGAUCGUCGGUGCUUGCAUCCUGUCCUCUGGGAUAGUGGUCCUGUUAAUCACCCUCACCCAUAUCCUGCUCAGGGCAUCAAAGGCCUCCCAGCGACGCCUGCCGGAGCCAGCCCACACCCUCUACGAGAACAACACAACUCGCUCUACCAGGGACCUCUACAAGCAGGCCCCAGGGGGCAGGGCACGACCUGACAUCCACCGGGAGUUCUCCUACCCUCCAUUCCUGGAGGCCCGACCUCACCUGGCCUCCUCGCUCCCCACGGGGAAUCCUGUGCCUGCUGAGGAGGGUGACCGUGGGGUACCCAGGAUGCACCGGACGCUGUCAGCUGAGUCGGGUCUGUUGGGGGCCCGGGCCAGACCUUGGAAUGGGGUGGCUCAGGAGAUGAGGGGGGUGCUGAGUCGAAAGACUGGUAGCUCUGGGAAAGACUCUACCCUGGUAUAA